UGUGACGUCAGGUGGGCGUGGCCCUGGCGGUAAGGGCGGGACCGUACGCAAGCGCCCGGACCCUUACGCCACUCACACUUGGAGAAGAGCUAACGGGACAGUGGUACAAGCCAAUCGCAACCAGUGCGCUGGAGGCAGGGAGACCGGGGUGGAGACUUCGGAGACUGCAGUUGCAGUUCUAAGAACAGAUGGAAUUUGCUAUGGAUAAGUCAUAUGAUUUCAACGAACGGAGCUCGUGUAAUGGAAUUCCAUCUGAGAAGAAAAGCAGCUUCCUUGUAUCAGAAGACCAUGGACAAAAAAUCCUAAGUGUAUUGCAGAAUUUCAGAGAACAAAAUGUCUUUUAUGAUUUCAAAAUAAUCAUAAAAGAUGAAAUAAUCCCUUGUCAUCGUUGUGUGUUAGCAGCAUGUAGUGACUUUUUCAGGGCUAUGUUUGAAGUAAACAUGAAAGAAAGAGAUGAUGGAAGUGUUACCAUUACUAAUUUGUCCUCCAAAGCAGUAAAAGCUUUUCUUGAUUAUGCCUAUACUGGAAAAACAAAAAUAACAGAUGAUAAUGUGGAAAUGUUCUUCCAGUUGUCAUCAUUUCUUCAAGUUUCCUUCCUAUCCAAAGCUUGCAGUGACUUUUUAAUAAAAAGCAUUAAUCUUGUCAAUUGUUUACAUUUAUUAUCUAUUUCAGAUAGCUAUGGCUGUACUCGAUUGUUUGAUCAUGCAUUGUACUUUGUACAGCAUCACUUUUCUUUAUUAUUUAAAUCGAGUGAUUUCUUAGAGAUAAGUUUUGGAGUAUUACAAAAGUGUCUGGAGUCAGAUAAAUUAAAUGUUCCUGAAGAAGAAACAGUACUGAAGGUUGUCCUUAGUUGGACUAAACAUAACUUAGAGUCAAGGCAAAAGUAUUUGCCGCAUCUGCUUACAAAAGUAAGAUUACAUCAGAUAUCUGAAGAUACACUUCAAGACUGUCUGCUGAAUGAAGAGUGUUUACUGAAAAGCACAAAUUGUUUUGACAUAAUUGUGGAUGCAAUUAAGUGUGUACAAGGUUCUAGUGGACUUUUUCCAGAUGCUCGACCAUCCACAACUGAAAAAUACAUAUUCAUUCAUAAAACUGAGGAAAAUGGAGAAAAUCAGUAUACGUUUUGCUAUAACAUUAAAACAGAUUCAUGGAAAAUACUACCACAAUCACACCUGAUUGAUUUGCCAGGGUCUAGUCUGUCUUCUUAUGGAGAAAAAAUAUUCCUGACAGGUGGUUGCAAAGGAAAGUGUUGUAGAAAGGUUCGACUUCAUAUUGCUGAGACUUAUCAUGAUGCCACUGAUCAAACUUGGUGCUAUUGUCCAGUCAAAAAUGAUUUCUUUUUGGUAUCAACUAUGAAAACACCAAGAACCAUGCAUACAUCAGUUAUGGCUCUCAAUAAGUUAUUUGUUAUAGGUGGAAAGACUAGAGGAUCUCAGGACAUUAAAAGUCUCUUAGAUGUUGAAUCUUAUGACCCUCUUUCCAAAGAGUGGGUAUCUGUUAGCCCUUUACCUAGGGGCAUAUAUUAUCCAGAAGCAAGUGCAUGCCAAAGUGUAAUUUAUGUUCUUGGAUCAGAAGUAGAGAUUACAGAUGCCUUUAACCCGUCGCUUGAUUGCUUCUUUAAAUAUAAUGCUAUAACUGAUCAGUGGUCUGAACUAGUUGCAGAGUUUGGGCAAUUUUUUCAUGCUACACUAAUUAAAGCUGUCCCAGUAAACUGUACACUGUAUAUAUGUGACCUUUCCACCUAUAAAGUAUAUAGUUUUUGUCCAGAUACUUGUGUUUGGAAGGGUGAAGGAUCUUUUGAAUGUGCAGGCUUUAAUGCAGGUGCAAUUGGAAUUGAAGAUAAGAUUUAUAUCUUAGGUGGUGAUUAUGCACCUGAUGAAAUCACUGAUGAAGUGCAGGUCUACCACAGUAGCAGAUCAGAAUGGGAAGAAGUUUCUCCAAUGCCCAGAGCCUUAACUGAAUUUUACUGCCAGGUUAUUCAGUUCAAUAAAUAUAGGGACCCAUGGUUUUCUAAUCAUUUCUAAUAGUAUAUGCUUGGAGAUUCUAAAACUGUUCCAGUUCCUAUAACCUGCAAUAAAUGUGUUUACUAUAAUCAUUGAUAAAAAGGUCUUUAUAUAUUAGUAAAAUAAAAUAUUCCUGCUGUUAUAGAAUUAUUACCUAUGUAUGCUAUAUGAAUAACAAUUCCAAGAAGCUUAGGUAUAAACCUAAAAUUAUCCUGAAUAUAAUUAAUCUUGGAAAAUCCAGAAUACUUAGUUUUCAAUAUGUUAAGUCCUUUAUGAAAAACUAAAAAAAAAAAGAAUGUUCACAGAUUUAAACUAUAAUAUACAGGGAAAUCGCUGAGGCACUAAAAAUUAUACAUGCUAUAAUAUGUGACAUGAAAGAUAGAAGGGAUUGAUCUCAUUUUUAUACUAAAGUUGCAAGAAUUAUUGAAUUCCCAACCUUACUGAUCAUUGGUCAACUUCUUUUAAAUGCUGUACUAUUAUGUUAUAUUAUUUUGGUCAGUAGUUUUUCAAAAAUGAAGUAUAUUGCUCCACUUUUCUAAAUGCACUAAACAAAGUAGCUUUUUCUAUGUUUCAGCUCUUUAUUAAGAGUAUAUUGUACAAUGUUAUGCCAUCAGUAAUUACUUAAAUCUUUAAAAAUUACUUAUUUUGUUAGUUUUUAGUGUCACAUGCUUUCAGUGUUCUGAGUGCCAUAUCUCCUUAUAUUUUGGUUCAGUUUUAGUAAAUUGGCAUUGCCCAUGAACUUUGUAGCUUUAAAUUACACCUUGCUGAGUUUAUCUUAGCAUAUAGCCCAUUGGAUGAUAUUUUUGGAUUUGAAGUUGGAAUCUUAAAAUAUUUUUUCCCAUAUCAACGUGGGUUCCAAUGAAAUUGAGGAUAUAGACAUUGUGAUAUCCACAUGAGUGGUCAUCAUUGUUCCAUUUCUUAAACUUGACCAAAAUCUGAGGUACAGUAGAAAUUUCCAGAUUUAAUUUAUACCAUGUCACUUUUCUUUCAUAAUAUAUACCAGCUAUAAAGCAUCGUGUGACUUCACUACUUCAGUAAGUUAUCAUAGUGAAUUAUAAAUUUAAAGUAUGAUUAGUCUUUUGGUAUUGGUAGUAUUGUUCAUAGUCUGCAUCUACUAAGACAUUUAGUCUUCACCUCUCAUGAUGAAGGAUAUGAACAUCCUUGUUUUCACCUAGAUCUGCCUCACAAAAGGGUAUGUUGCUUUAAACAGUUAAAACAGUUUAAGAAGAUGUAGGCAUUUUAGGUUUUAAGAUCCCUAAUUUAGAUCUCAGGUAAUGUGUAGAUUGUAUUUUCUGGAACCAAAUGAUGUUGUUUACUGUACUCUGUAGUAAAUGUUACUCUAGUAAAUGUAAAAUGGAAAUACACUUAAAUGAAGGUCCUUUUAUUUUACCAUAUAAAUUUUUGCAAACACAAGUUUAAAUAUAUUUUUCAAAAUUGAAAAGAUACUAAUUUUUUGCAGUUCCAAAAUCAGGGACUAUCUCUAAUUAGAUGACAGCUCUUUAAAGAAUAUAGAAUUGGUGGCCUUCUCAUGUAAGCACAUGUUUAAUGGACUGCUCUUUUCUCUGUGUAUGUUUAAGAAAACAAAUCAUGUGGAGGUGUCUCUUUGUGUAAAUGUGCCUUUCAGAACAAAUUAAGAAAGAUUUUUAACAGUGAGUUACCUUUAUGUGGACUUACUGAACUGUUAAUUAAGCAUAUAUAAAUAGGGUACGUUUAAAAUAAAUAGGUUAAUCACUGACUAGCAGUUGUUCAUUUCUUCCAGAAAGAAGAAACUAAAGCAAAAUUGAAUCCCUUACCGAUACUGUUUCAUUAUCAUAUCAUCUUGAUUUCCACCAAGCAUAUCUUUGACCAUUCAUUUAUGGUAAUGUUUCUAAAAAUAUCCUUGCCAAGAACUAGGUGGCUCCCUCUGCAUUUGAUUUAAUACCUUUUCUAAUACUGUAAGUCCUCAUUUAUGAACAAGUUCCACUCCAGGAGAAUAUUCUUAAGUUGAAUUCAUUCAUAAGUCCAACAGGAGUCUUACCUUUGAUACAAAUGUGAAAUGUGUAUUCUGUGCUUCCUAGUAGUUUCCUCCAUAUUACCGCUGCUUUUCCUCUUGUGUCCAGACAUCCUGGGCUCUGAUUGAGCAUUCCGAUGGAACACAGUUUUACUAUAUAGUAAGCAUACAGUAGCACAACUAUGACAGUGGCCGCCAGACACUUAACUACUUGUGAGAUUCAUUCAUAUCUGUGAAUAUUCAUAAUACAAGGUCUGUUAGUGUCUGUGAAAGUUUGCAAGUUACAUGUUCAUGUUCAUAAGUCAGGGAUUUACUGUUCAGAUUUUCUACUGUAGUUGUUACAGUUGCUUUGAGUUACUUUUUAAUUAUUUUUAUCUUAAUCAUUGCCAUCGCUUUAUAUAGAAUCCUUGUGUUGCUCUGUCUGUCCUCAGGAGGAAAAUACUGUGAUCCCUCUUCUCUUUUUUUUUUUAAUUUUUUCUCUUGUCACAGUAGAAAUCGGUACUAGGCUUGGUUCCACUAACUGAAUUCUCUAAUUUUAUAUUUCUUUGUAGAAUUUUUAUUGGAAAAUAGUUCUAUCUUCAGAAUCCUCUAGAAACCAGACCACACAGGGUCAGUCCCUAGACUGGUUCCACACUGUAGCGUUUUCCAUCAUGGUGGCUUUGCUAAGUGAGAGCGAUGUCAGCCUGGCCUUACUCCUCAUUCUUCAUUUCUACCAUACAAAUCUCAGCGAUUCCUCAUCUAUUCUCAUUCCUCCAGGAGGAGCUAUUUUUUCUGUCUCUUAAGUUUAGGUAAAAGAAAAUAGCAUCCUUUUAUGACUUCUUCCCUUUGACUUUUUUUAAAGUCUGUUUCCUUUUAGUUACAUUCUCUAGCCCUUUAGUUACAGUGUAGGAAAUAAGACAAUUGUGCUCAUUAUCCAGAUGGCUGUUGGUCAUAUAUAAGUUUUCUGUUUACUAUUUCUAGCUCCAUUGUUGUCUUGCUGUACUACACUUGGAUUAUGCUUUCAAAAACGUUUGAAUACUGUAAUAUCUUUUAACAUUAAGGUAGAUAUAUAGGAUUAUGAAAUAUAAACUUAACAUAUGAGAUCAAAGUUAAUAGCAAUUCCUAGAGCAAUCUUUAAACUUGGGUUAAAAUGUGGUAUACCUUUUGUUCAUUUUAUAGCCUUUGGGACUAUGUAGUGUGACAGUUAUUUGUAUAAUCAAAAUUAACUAAAUUCUCUUAGUAUUUAAUUUUGGUAUAGGGAAAGAAAAAGGUCUUUAGUACAACAGUAUGCAUCACAUGUUACCUGUGGCGGCUAGGUUACUUAAGAGCAGACUUAUACUGCAAUAUGAUUCCAUUUUCCAGAUACUAAGAAAAGCCAUUGAAUGUGUGUUCAGUGUUCUUAGUUUAAGGUAUACCACUUGAAAAUAAGCUUCUAGCACAGAGGGAAUGCAUCUAUUUAUUUUUUUAUAUUUGGAAGUAAUAAAUUUCAUAGUAUGAUUAAAUACGUAUUUGAAAACAUGCUACUCAAAGAUCAUUCUCAGUUUAAUUGGAAUGUAGUAUUUUAGGAAAUGUUCUCCAUAUUUAGAAUUGAAGUGUAAGAUUCCAAAAUCUCUUCCAAGGGACAAUGUGAGAACAAUCAAAAACCAUGGGCUAGAAUUUAUAGAACAGUAUGCUGUUCAGUAUGAGAAAGAAUUUUGUUUCACUGUAUAAAAUCUUACUUUAGAAUGACAUGUGACAGAUUAUUAGCUGAGUAAUUUCCUACACAGCAGUGCGUGACCAAAGAUUGUUAAACAGGAUUUACACAUUUUGAUCUUGUUUUCUUACAUGUGACUAAUUACUUCUUCCAACUUAUUUAGCACUUCAGGCAGUCUAAUUUCAGUGGUUCUCCAUAUUCAAGAUUUUUCAAUAAGACUCAAGUUUUAAAAGUGUAUCAUUUGAGGAAUAUUUUCAUUGAAAGGAAUUCUCUUCUUUUUCUUUUCUUUCUUUAAUUGCUCAGGAAACAUUUAUAAAUGGUGCUGACACUUACAGUAAGUUGCUAACUGGAGUUUUUCCUUGUAUUUACCAUAGGUGCAUUUUUUAUAGUGAAUAAAGUCCAGUAUAUAAAAUUUUCUCUGAAUUAUUAUUCUUAUUUCCCUAAAAAUGUAUAUAACCAGAGAUACUGGUUUGAGUUAAAUAUUAUUUAAUUUGAAAGACUUUUUACCUUAAAAAUUUAAAUGUGUAUAAAUAUAUUUGAUGACUGAUGCUUAAUCAAAUUUAACAUCAAAUUACAGAAUUUAAUCACAAGAUGAUGCUAUUACACAUUUAUCAAAAGAUGACUCUUCUAAAUCAUAGACAUGUUCAAAUUUGAAAAUAACCUUGGAAUCUAAUGUAGCUUCCAACCUAAUGUAGAAAAUCCCUCUAAAUUAUGAGACAUCCUGAACAUGCAGUCUGUUGUCAGUUUUUCAUUCAGUGUGUUCAGGAGUAGAAUUACUGUCUUCAUUUUUGAAUACUUCUAUUCAAAAUUCUUCCUAAUAUUGAAAAUAAUUCUGCCUCAUUGUAAUGAUUUCCGACUGUUGAUCUUAGGUUGCUGUCUCAUGCCAGUGAUUCAGAUGUUUCAAGCAGUACCACGACACUCAGUCCUCCAAAACAUCAUCUCAUUUUUCUUCUUGUUUAGGGGAUUAGCCACUUUAACAUCUCCUACGAUGGCUGGAUUUAAGCUUUGUCCGUAUGCAUUUGGCUCAAGAGAAACUAUUCUAGCACUGUCACUUAAGUGGAUCAAGCCUGAACAGCAUUGCAGAAUCUGUUUCAUAUGUAGACAUUGCCUCUGUGUCCACCACCAGUGUACUAAUUAAUUGAGAAUCUCAUUCACUCACCGAGUCCUCCAGCUCCUAGAAAUCUCACAGGUUUCACUCUUGCUGUUUCUUUCUUCUCUCUGUCCCUCCCUCAUCACAUAAUUGCAAGUACAUUUUCUACAAGGUAAAUUUUAAAUCAAAUUUUAAUGUCUAUCUUUUGUCAUUGAAUAAAGUUUUCAAAAAUUAAAAAAAAACUUCUAAAAAAGACUCCAGAGAAUAAACAAUAAAUAACUAAAGUAAUUAUACCCUUGGUGAUUAAGAACAGGUCAACUUGCUAAUUGACCAGACUGUGGUAAUAACUGUCUAAAUUUUAAAGUUUAUCUUUGCUGUUAGUCCAGUUGGAAAGCAUAAUAUUUUCAUAAUAUGAGGUCAUAAUUAAAGAAUUAAAUAACUGGAUUAGCCAAGCAGAUUUUUUUCAUUUCAUUUAACUUUUACGACAUCCCCAACCAUAAAGACAUAACAGGCUUGAAAAAUUAUCCUGUUGGUCCCAAAGGUAAGAAGAAAACUCCUCUGUUAAUGAGUAUUUAAUUACAUAAACAUUUCUUUACAUUUCUUUCUUCCUCAUUUAACUGUAAGCUUUUAGGAAUAGGCUCAUAACUUAAUCAUAAUGGCUGUCAUAUAAUGAGGCAUUCAAUAGGCUGAUAUUGUAUUGAACCAAAGUGGGAAGCAACACAUUUAUUAUGGUUAUAUUGUUACUGAAUGGAUUUAUCUGUACAUUUUGUGACUUGUAUACAAAAGUUGUUCAUAUUUAUGUUAGAGUUUUACAUUUUAGAAUGUUACUACGUUGUACUUUAGUCAUGUAUAUGUGUUCUUUUUAUAUUUGGUAUUUUGAUUAUGUUCAGUGUAUGAGACAAUUGAUUUAGGUAGUGUAUACAACUUUAGGGGUUUUUUUCCUUGUGUAUGGAAAAGAUAAUUAAAAGCAUUUUUCAAAAGUGAAAUUGCUUUACAUAGUUCAUUGCCAACUUCUGGAGAGUAUAUAUAGUUGACUGUCUGGUUUUGUGUGUAUAUAGUUGGUUCUUGAAAAUGAGACUAUAGAUUCAAAGUCACUUAUCCACAAAAAUUUUUAGUGCUUAAGGAUUAUUUGUUUUUCAUGAAUUUUAAUUAUAAUAAUUCCGUGUUUCCUUUCAAAGGCAAUAAUUCACAAAACAAUGAUUUCAAAUUGAAUUAGUGUAUUUACAACCUUCAUCUUUCUAAUAAGUGCAUAAUAUCUUCAGUGAUAUUUUUCCCACUUUUUUGGUGGAGGAGGGAAUAAUGUCCAAAGCAUCUUACCUUAUAUAUACGGGUAGCUUAUUUCACUUCUCUAUUACUGGAAUGUAAUCUUCUGCCAUUUGCUAUAAGAAAUAAAAUCAGCAUUUCUGCAGGUCCGUAUUAAUCAUAUUAACAUGUAUUAAAGCAUUUAUUCCUAUAAAUAAUUAUAUUAAAAUGUAUAUAAGAAAAAUAAUGUCUGUGUUUAUUACUGUCUGAAAUAAAACAGGUAGAAGAACGUGAA